AUGGGAAAAAUAAUGGUACAAAGUUCUACUAAGGGUUUGUUUAUUUUCUUGGUUACUUUUGCCAUUACUAUUCCAUGCCUUGAGGCUGGGAUUGGUGAGUUUGAUGAUUUUCUUAAAGCUGAAGAAGAAGAAGCCCAUAAAAUUGCUCUUGAUAGUUAUAUUCCAGUUCCUGAAGAAGUUGUACAUGAUCUCAAUGUUGAUGUUCACUUGGCAAUGGAAGAAGCAAACGACACAAGGAGGGAAUUGAAGGAAAAUCAUAAUGAAGGACCAUGUGAAUCAAGCAACCCAAUUGAUAAUUGUUGGAGGUGCAAAGCAGAUUGGGCUGAAAAUAGAUAUCGAUUAUCAAAAUGUGGUAAGGGCUUUGGAAGAAAGGCCGUUGGUGGGCUUGGAGGCCCAAUUUAUGUGGUAACUGAUGAGUCAGAUGGUGACAUGGUAAACCCAAAACCUGGUACACUUAGAUAUGGUGCUGUUCAAAAAGGACCAUUGUGGAUAACAUUCCAACGUAGUAUGAUCAUUAGAUUGAACCAAGAAUUGAUGGUUUCUUCUAACAAGACAAUUGAUGGUCGUGGAGUUAAUGUUCAAAUUAGGGAUGGUGGUGGAAUUACUAUGCAAUUUGUUAAUAAUGUUAUUAUUCAUGGUCUUCAUAUUACAAAUAUUAAAGCUAAACCAGGUGGUAUGAUUAGGGAUUCUUUUGAUCAUUAUGGACUAAGAACAAGGAGUGAUGGUGAUGCUAUUUCUAUUUAUGGAUCUUCUAAUAUUUGGAUUGAUCAUCUUUCACUCUCUCAAUGUGAAGAUGGUCUUGUUGAUGUUAUUUUUGGUUCUACCGGCGUCACCAUCUCAAAUUGUCACAUGACAAAACAUAAUGAUGUUAUGUUAUUUGGAGCUAGUGAUAAAUUCGAAGGUGACAGGAUUAUGCAAAUAACAGUUGCAUUCAACCAUUUUGGACAAGGAUUAAUCCAAAGAAUGCCAAGGUGUAGAUGGGGAUUUGUUCAUGUUUUGAACAAUGAUUACACACAUUGGAUUAUGUAUGCAAUUGGUGGUAGUUCAGGACCAACAAUUCUUAGUCAAGGAAACCGAUUCAUUGCUCCGGACAACGACGCCGCGAAGGAAAUCACACAUAGAGAUUAUGCUACACCUGAAGUUUGGAAGAAUUGGCAAUGGUCUUCAGAAAUGGACUUGUUCAUGAAUGGUGCUAAGUUUGUUACAUCAGGUGCACCUAUUAAUAGGGCUCCCUACAAGAAAGGGUUUAUGAUGAAACCAAGAGAUGGAACAAAUGUUAGUAGACUAACAAGGCAUGCUGGUGCCCUAAAUUGUAUAGUAGGAAAGCCUUGUUAG